AUGGGGAAGAAGUCUGGCAAGAAGAAGGCCAGCACUAAUUGGGUGAAGACCGCAACCGAUGCCGAGCUGUACUGGACUUACCUAACUGGGUGUGAGGGGGACCGGCAGCCGAUAAAGGUUGAGCAAGUCCGAAGAGCACAAUUGCAAGUAGGCUGCCAGCAAUCGGCUGCGUCAACAGCCCUGAACGAAUCGGGGAUACAGCGGGAAAAUCCGGAGGUAUGUGCCGGGGCAACGCCCGAUGGGCAGGGGAUAUUCACUUCCUAUUUUGCAGAGGCCUGCCUUCGGAAAACAACCGCUGGAUCGGAUACCUGCCUCGUACCGUGGCAAGAUGGCCGCGAUACCCAGAAGGGAAUCGAGGACCUGAGGAGACGGGUAGAGGAGCUGGGAGCCACGGUCGAAGUGCCGCUGAGGAAACUACAAGGAAAAUCCCUCGAGUUUCCCUCUGAACUCCCAACUGUUUUUUCUGCUCUGUCUUCCUUUGUAACAAACAGGGUAAAGGAUGAACUUCUAAAAGAAAUCCGAUUCUACGAGAGUCUGACAGAGUCAGUGGAAGAGCCCAGAAUCCUCCUGAUCGGGCAGAUUGGAGCUGGUAAAAGCAGCUUCUUCAAUUCAGUGAACAGCACCUUCAGAGGUCAUGUGAUUCUGCAGGCCACAUCUGGGCAUGGAGACACCAGUGUAAGCAAACAGUACCGAACAUAUCCAGUUUACGAUGGAAAAGGUGGAAAGAGGCUGCCAUACGUCCUGUGUGACACAAUGGGUCUAGAAGACAGUGACUAUGAUGAAGGGAUCCGUGUGGAAGACAUCAUCAGCGUCAUUAAAGGACACGUCCCAGACUUGUAUGAGUUCAAUCCCAAGGCACCGAUAACCAGAAAUGACAAGCGCUACCGAGAGAAUCCCAGCCUGGCUGAUAAGGUGCACUGCGUUGUCUUCGUGGUUGAAGCAGACACAAUCAGCCUCCUUGGUAAAAAUCUGCUGUCGAAAUUUAAGAUCAUCCGCAAUGAACUGACCAGCAUUGGUGUUCCUCAGCUUGUGCUGGCCACUAAGAUAGACCAAGCUUGUCCUGAGAUUAAAAAUGACCUGACCAAAGUAUAUAGGAGCCGCUACCUUGAAGAGAAGAUCUCUCAGCUUGGACAGAUUCUAGGUGUUCCUAUCUCCUCAAUCUCUCCAGUUAAGAACUACUCAACGGUGACGGAGGUCAGUCUUCAAGUGGACAUUUUGCUCCUGAAGGCCCUGCAGCAGAUGCUGAGAGCCGCUGAUGCCUGCUUUGAUGAUAUGAAGCUGAAAGGCCUCGCUCAGUGAAGCAGAUCCUGA